GACUCAUAUUGAUGCUGUGAUAGAAAUUAUCAAUUGCAUAUGAAAGAAAAGGAUUAUGUUGAAAGAAUAAGAGGCUUGAGUGAUCACAUGCACUACUGAAUAAUCUGAUUCUGAUCAAACCGUAUGAAGAAGAGAAUUGGUAGUCAGGCUGCGCAUGUUUUGGUGAAAUCUGUAAAUGUGAGCAGAGCAGAAGAGCAGAGAAGGUCAUAUCACACUGAAAGACGCUGAAGCUGAUGAUUUGGGGCUGUAAAAGGAGCAGAUGCUUGACUCAGUGUGGACAUGUGAGAGAGAAAGAAAGGAACGAGUGAGAUCGAGAGAGGAGAAACAGCUGAGCUGGGCGAACGUCUAACAAUUAAUUAUUCAGCAAUUAAUCCCUCCUUCCUGAGGCUCACUAACAGGACUCACUUCAAAGCCAAUAUGACACAUGCUGGCUGCAUCUGAGAUCUUUCAGCUGUGCUGAGAGGACUCCUGGCAGAGAAACGGAGGGAGGAGUGAGAGAUCUAGCUGGCCUCCAUGUCUUCACCUGUCAAUAAAAAAUCUGGCUCUGGGUCUCGCAGUUUUGACUAUUGCAGGUUUAUAGAGCUAGACUACACCCCCAUGGAGUCAGGCAUUAUGGUCUCUAUGAGGCAGAGCCGAGGAUUUCUAUCCCCCAAGUCUCCGGAGCGUCACUGUCGGCGAAGUCCAGCGCCUGUCAGUAAUCGUGAUCCUUAUGGCAACGCGUCCCUCAGCAGCAGCAGCACAUCAGGCUCAUGCAAGGGCAGUGAUGGAAGCCCCACCCCCAGGCGUCACAUGAAGUACACCUCCUGCACAGAUAACCAUGGCAUCAAACCCCCUCCCCCGGAGCAAUACCUGACCCCUCUGCAGCAGAAGGAGGUAUGCAUCAGACAUUUGAGGGCGCGGCUCAAAGAGACCAUCGAAAGACUACAGGACAGGGACUCAGAAAUCGAUGAGCUGCGGACUCAGCUGUCCCGGAUGCAGGAGGACUGGAUUGAGGAAGAAUGCCACCGCGUGGAGGCCCAGCUGGCCCUGAAGGAGGCACGCCGGGAGAUCCAACAACUCAAGCAGGUGGUUGAUGUUGUGCGUUCCAGCCUGGGUGACACAGACACAGGCGUGCAAAAGUGCUUCCAAGACAUUAAUGUCCAGAACCACAAGCUGGAGACCCUCCUGCAGAACAUGGAGCUGGCCCAGGCUGGAGGGGCCAAAGAAGCUGAGGCUGUGGACUCCGGGGGAGGGGUGGUGGGGGCAGGGCUGGGGGUCGGCGAGGGUCUGGUGAGGUCCUGUGAAGGCUCCCCAGCACGCUCACUGACCCGCAGCUCUACCUACACCAAGCUGAGCGACCAGGCAGUGGUGGAGCGCAACGGAAGCGGUAGCGGCUCGGACUUGCCGUGCCUGUCAGGAGAGGGCACUCAGGACAGCGGUUUCGUGUGCUGUGGAGAGGCUUCUUUGGGUCCAGCAUCCCGGGCCGAGCUGCUGCUGGAGGCUGCUUGCCUGUCAGAGGAGACAGCCUCACUGCUCAGUGCCUGCUCACGCCUGCCACACUCGGCCACUUACGAGGGGCUGUGCUGCAGAGAUCGUCGGGCGCUACUGCUCCGCUGCGGCCUGGGCGGGACGACGGGAGUAGGAGGAGGACCUGGCGUGAGCCUCAGCCACCCCUGCCUGUCGCACCACCACCUGUAUCUGCACCACCUGCGAGAGCAGGCCAUCCAGACAGAGUAUGACCAGGGGCCAGCAUCUGCCCCAGCCCAUGGCCCCAGUGCACCCUUCAACACUGACUUGGACACCAUCACUGAGCGCACCUUCCGCUCUCAGGCCUGCAGCCCAACUUCCACCUGGUUGUCAGAUGAGGGGGAUGACUUGGACUCGGUUGCCACGGAAUCUGUUGUCACGGCCACAGUUGCCAUGGAAAGUGUCUUCACAGACUCCGUAGCCACCGAGUCCAUGCCAACAGCAGGUGCUGCCCUGCAGUCCACCUCCUUGCCCCCUAAUGCUGUGGAAUCAGCUAAUCAAGUGGAGUCUAUGGUUCUGGAGGACGUUGUGACCCAUCAGCCUGGUACCUUGCCAUCUGUUGCAGAGGGAUCCGCUUCUGUUUCUGUCGAGUCGAUUGUUACAGAGAAUGUUGCUGCAGAGUCUUCGUCUGUGGCAAGCAUAGCUACAGCAACUGAUCCUGCUGCUGAGGUUGUUCCUCCUGCUUUAAGCCCACAGCCAAGCAGCCCAACUUCUGUCCCCUGCAUUAUGCAAGUAGCACCAACGGAGGACAAAACGGAGCCCACCCCACAGACCUCACAGCCACAGAGCACUGCUUCCCAGGGAGAGCAGACCAGCAUCAGCGGUGUCACUGUGGUAGAAGUGGAGGAGGACAUUGACGAUGAGCAAGCAGCAGAGGCUGAAGCAGACGACUCCAGGUCUUCUAGCUGUGGUGUCCCCAUCAAAAGCUACUGGAGCCGCCACUUCCUGGUGGAUCUUCUGGCCGUGGCGGUGCCGGUGGUGCCCACGGUGGCAUGGUUGUGCCGGGGACCACGGCAGGGUGGCCAGCCCAUGUACCACAUAGGGGCCCUGCUGCGCGGCUGCUGCACUGUGGCCCUCCACUCCCUGCGCCGUGGGGGAGGCAUGCGACAUUACCCUGCGGGGGGAGGAGGGGCAGGGGGCGUGAGUAUAUGAUAUCAUGGCCCUGGAGCUCCUUACAGCACUGUUCACGGACUGGACACGCACACAGAUCAUGGAGCGCUAUGAACAUCCGAAGUAAAGCCAAGUUAGGGGUAAAACUGGGACUGCAUCGGUCAGCUAAUAAAACAUCUGUUGCCAUGGAAUCCUAACCAUAACAGCUCUGGUCCUGCUAUAGUCUUUAAGAAAGGAUGGGAAGAGAGAAGGGAGAACGGUAUUUACUAGCAAAUCGUAGUUGAAUUAUUGUCAAUCCUUGUUGGCUUUUGAAACGGUCGCCCUUACCUUUAAAACCUCACCUGUGACCCCUUUCUCCAAGACUAGUUGGCAGGACAAGGAGCUGCUGUGUAUCUGACGCACAUCUGAUGGACACCUGACGGACAUGUGACACACACUCAAUGCUCCCACGCACACUUGUGACACAGAAUACUCCUUGUUUGCCUGACACUGAUUGUACCUUCCAGGGAGUGAAGAAACAGCGAGAAAAAGGACUGAAUGCCUGGUUCUCUGUCUUCCUUCUUCCUGCCCCUUAGUUUACCCCUCUGGCUGGUAUGGUUUAAACCAGUAAACCAGUAAAAGAAGGCUGGUUUGUAAUACCUUAUGUGUGCGUUAAUACAUGUGAGUGGGUGUUUGUGUUGUGUUCUCUGUGUAGUGUAGCCAAAGCACCUGAAAGAUUAAAGGAGGUUGUUACUGUAGCAGUUCUACAUAGGGUAGUUCUCCCAUUAUGCCUGAGUGACGGCCUUUGACAUAUGCUGGUCAUUUUUCCCCUUAAGGAAACAGGCUAGUCGCUACUACCAAGCUAUUUAAACGCUUUGCAUAUACCACCCGUGUCACUGCUAGAACUUAGUCCAUAAGAAAUGCAUUAAAAAUAUUAUCUUUAUAAAAAAUAAUAUCUUUAUUCUGUUAUUUAAAGCCAAAAUUAGUAGUGUAUGGUAAACAAGGAUUCCUGCAUUUUAAUGAUGUUUUUGGUCUUUUGAUUGUUACAACUGGAAGGAUGAAAGAGGUAAAACGAUGCAUGGAAAAGAAGCAAUCAUACAGAGUUUAUAGUAAUACUGGCGCUUACUGACAUGGAUCAGGAUUUGAGGACUGUACCAGGUCUAUAUGAGGUCUCUGUGGGUACAUUUCUUCUUGUUUUUGCACUUUGAGAGACUGUCAGUGUGUGUAUUCCCUUUACUUUGACUGUAAUGUUAUUGUGUCACUUUUCAACGUUCUGUGUUUCUGAAGUUCUCACCAUCUGAAAAUCCCAUGCCAAUCAGAACGUGUUUGAAAUGCUGUUGUUUUUCCACUGUAGAGUAACAUGCUGACAUCAAUUGCACUAAAAUUCACUUUAUUGGCAGUUACUUGAACUUUAGCGUGUUUGUGUAUCUAAAAUCCAGUGCAUCUACGUGUUUGCAGAUCAGAUGUUCAACAGAGAACACCGCUUAAAACCGAAGAGUCAUCAGUUGUGUACGCCUGCGUUCAUGCAUCAGCCACUUCAUUAGAAAAACCUACCUAGGUCCAUCCUGUAGGUGUCCAGUUAGAGACUGUGGCUCAUCUAUUGCCAUGCAGUUUGUGUUAGCCCUUCAACAUUUUCUGUAUAAACACCAGCAACGUUAGGGUGCUGCAGUACGCCCACUACCACAUCUCUACCAUGUCCAACUCAAAAUCUUAUAUUGUCACCCUAAUCCUUCUGGCAUGGGUGUUGAGAACGGGCUCCCACCCAGAUUGCAUCUGGUCAAUACUGGCCAAAAGGGUAUAGAAUGGCUGACAGACAGAUGGUCUACAAUGUGUUAUAUUUAAGCUGUAAAUACAAGGGAUUUGUAAGACAGGUGGUCAAAAAGCAGCCAGUGAAUGGAAGUCAAAGUUUCUAAUGAAGUGGAUGGUGAGUGUAGAUGUACAUUUUUGAAAUAAUAAG